UGUGUAUUGUGGUGCUGUACGCAGUCAGUCAUUCUUCGACAUCGCAAGUCGUGGCCACUUUGCGCGACGGCCCGAGACCAACGCACAAAUAAUGUGCAUCUGAUAGAAACGAUCUGUGAUAUAGUGUUAAGUUACAUGCAAUAACUGAAAGUGAAAAGUUUUAUUCGAGUGAAAUCUCAUGGAUAUCAUAACGGCACUUAAUAUAAAUAAAAUGAAGAACAAUACAACUCUAUUCUACUUUUUAAUGGUUCUUAUUACAUCAAGCACAGUUCAGUGCGUAUCAGUAUUAGGACCAAAGGCGCUAAGGCCGUUUGGAAAUUAUAAAGUCUCCAUAGCCGGCGGUUCCCGCGCCCACAACCUAUAUGUUGCGGUAGAGGGCAAGCGAGCUACUGGAGAGCAGUUCUCACAAGGACGACUUGUGCAGGUCCCACCAGCUGCCUCCAGGCUAAUAGAUUUGGAAAUAGGGGACCCUGGGCCUGGUAAGUACAGGCUGAUAGCUCGGUCUACCUCAGGUCCUCUUUUCGCAGCAUCAGCCUCCCUAGUUUAUCAACCGAGGAGUUUUUGUAUUUUCAUACAAACAGAUAAACGAGUGUAUCAACCCGGAGAUACAAUAAACUUCAGAGUUAUUGCUUUGGACAAAUACUUGUUACCAUUAUCGAGCACGGUGGACGUGAGCCUGUUAGACACGGGUGGGUCACCGGUGCGCCAGUGGGCCGCUAAGCCUUUGGAUCGAGGAAUUUUCGCCGAAGAAUUGCUCCUAGCUGAUGAGCCAGCGCUUGGACAAUGGACUAUACAAGUCGAAGUUCGCGGACAAAAAUACUCCCGGCAGAUAUUGGUAGCAGAUUAUGUGCUACCCAAAUUCCAUAUGGAUGUUCAAAUGCCGAAGGAAAUGUUAUUCAGCGAUGGCCGUUUCAACAUAAAUGUAACUGCCAACCAUUUCAAUGGACUUCCAGUCAAGGGUGAACUCACCAUAUCUGCUUACGCCGUUUUCUUCUCUGGCCUAUUACAACCAGUAUUCUCGACACCCGCUCGAAAAGUCAUGGACUUUAAUGGUCAAGCAGAUAUAGUGUACGACCUAAAGACUGAUCUAGAUCUUGCAGAAGAUGCUGCAAGACCAUUAGUCGUUGAAGCCGUUUUAGAAGAGAAAGACACAUUGAUACGUCAAAACAUUACGACGAGGAUUCUCCUCCUACGAACUCCGUACAGACUUAAAGUAACAGCUCCCGAUCGAUUUAAACCUACUCUUCCAUACACUGUUCAGAUCGAAUUAGUAAACUCUUCUGGGCAGACUAUGAAAAUAUCUGGUGACGUGAUUGUUGAGCGACUAUGGGACGACGGAGCUCCUGUUAACAAAACUACUAUAGCUCUUACUAAAGGCUUCGCAAAAUAUACUUUCACACCAGAUUUGGCUCACGCAAAUUCAACCCUUAAUUUAGUGAUUAAGUACAAAGAAAUUUCGGAGCGAGUGGUAAACGUCCAGAAAAGUAUGGAAACUGGUGGACAAUUCUUAGUGAUGGAGCUUCUAACCCGCAAUACUUCUGUGGGUGACGAGAUGCGGGCUCGGAUCACCGCCACCGAGCCGAUGGAUCUCGUUCAUUAUGUCAUCAUCGGUCGCGGUGAUAUCCUCGUUGCCAAGACUUUAGAAUUGAGCCCGGCGCGGCGCAGCGUGGACGUGUCGGAGCGCGUGUCCGCGGGGAUGUCCCCGGGCUGCUCGCUGCUGGCGUGGUACCCGCGCCUCGCCGCCGACGCCGUGCGCGCCGCCGCGCUCUACGCGCCGCAAGGCCAGCUGCUGCGGCACCAGGUGACAGUGACGUCAGUUACGUCAGGAUCCUUACUCCGACCUAACGGGUUGGUGGAGUUCCGCGUGACGGGCGAGCCCGGCGCGCAGGCCGCCCUCAUCGGGGGCGACGAAAACUCCAUCGCGACUGGACUGGCCGACGACAAUGGAUUAGGCAGUGGCCUUGAUAUGCAUACGAUCGAACGAGAAGUGGAAAGCUAUAGUGGACUAAAACAUUCGCUCUUCAAAAACGAAGACCAUUUGCCGAGCUUGGGACUAGACUUAGGGGGAAAAAAUACAACUGAUGUAUUUACAAACGCCGGUGUAGUGUUUCUGACUGACGGUCUCGUUAUUAAAGGCGACGAUAAAGACGGCUCGUCGGUGGAAACGGGCACGCGCGCGCCGCAGGCCGGCCCGUACGCCUUCAGCCGCGUGCCGCCGCCGCCCGCGCCGCGACACUACCUCACGCGCACACUCUCGCCGCACACCACGUGGAUGUUCACCAACCUCACCAUCGGUAAUGACGGCAUGGGCACCAGGGAGCGCUGGUCACCAAUUACCCCCGGUGAAUGGUCGGUCGGAGCCUUUGCGAUCCAUCCCACUUUAGGAUUAGGUCUGGCUGCACCGCGCAAAUUGACCACUGCUCUACCGCUCUCCAUGACUGCCGAGCUCCCGGAAAGUCUACAAAAGGGAGAGACCAUAGCCAUCAUAAUAACGCUCAAGAGCUCCCUUACUGUAGAUACUUCAGUCGAAGUAACUUUCCACAAUUCCGACCAGUAUUUCGAAUUCGAACCUUUAGAGAAUAACGUCGAUUCAUCUAAAAAAAUCGAGCUGUUCCGUCGCGUGCGCGUCGCGGUGCCGGCGCGCGCGCUCGCCAGCACGGCCUUCCUCGUGACGGCGUCGCGUGCGGGCGAGGCGCCCGUCAUCGUGGAGGCUAACGGGAACGGAGUCUCCGCCUCACUCUUUCGGACCAUCGAUGUUAAGGACGGAUAUGUUGAAGACAUUUGGUCAUGGGCACUCCUCGACGGUCGGCGUGGAGUAGCUCGAGUGAACGUCUCGUUGUCACCAGCAGCUGGCACUAAGCUGGGCGCUGUGUCCUUAGAAGCCACUGGCGAUCUGCUGGCUAAUGCUCUGAGGGCGAUGAAGGCGCCUCCAGGCGUCGCAGCAGACGCUAAUUAUGCGCUUCGGCCAAUGGCUCGAGCGUGCAUUUUACUGGAUUAUCUUCAGGCAACGGAGCAAGAUGACGAGACAACGAUAGUCAAGGAAGCUCGUGUUCAGGCGGCCACUGGCUACCAACGUCUUAUGGCUUUCCGCCGACCGGACGGCUCCUUCUCUCAAGAAAUCGGCGACGAAGCUAUAUCUGAUGUCUGGAUGACCUCGGUGGCGGCGCGCUGGCUGUCGCGCUCGUCUCGCUACGUGGAGGUGUCGCCCGAGGCGGCGGCGGCGGCGGCGCGCUGGCUGGUGGGCGCGCAGGCGGCGGACGGCAGCUGGCCGCCGCCGCGCCAGCGGAACGACCCGCGCGCCCAGGCCGGCGUGCCGCUCACCGCGCGCGCCCUGCUCGCCCUGCUGGAGACCAAGGCCAAUGAUGUGCUGUACAAGAACGCGAUCAACAAGGCCACGGACUCCCUGGCCCGCGCGCUGUCGGCCGACUUGGACGCCCACUCGCUGGCGGCCCUGGCCGGCGCGCUGGCCGCCGCGCGGCACCCGCAGGCCGCGCAGGCGCUGCAGCUCCUCGACCAGUACGCGAACACCACGGGAUCUGCCUUGUAUUGGCCACGUAAAAUACCGGCUUCAGAGUGGAGGAAUCCGUGGUUAAAGGGAAAUAGUCUAGAAGCUUCGACGGCGGCGUGGGCUCUGCGCGCUAUGCUGGCUUCCAACCUUAUAGAAGAAUCAGUUCCCGUUGCUCGCUAUCUAUUGCAAGCGCUUGGACCGAAAGACCAAGAUCCUGAUGUGUUGGACGCGUUAUCGCAGUUUGCGCAAACAAUAAAAACAGCGACUAAGCUGAGGGUGUCGGUCGCAGUCUCCGGAUCUGAAGAGCCGCGGCAGUUCAACAUAGACAACGACAAUGCUCUCAUCAUACAAACGCAAUUGGUGCGUGAAGUGCGCAACGCGAGCGCGACUACGGAAGGUCGCGGCGUGUGCGCGGUCGGUCUGACUGCGCGCGGGCGCACUAACGUGACGGGGGCGUGGCCGCGGUACACGCUCGACCCUCGCGUCGACCAGGUCUCGACCCGACACCGCCUGCAGCUCUCCGUUUGCGUUGGAUUUGUUCCAGUAGGAAAUGAAACUGAAAGUGGAUUAGCGCUUCUUACAGUGCAGCUACCUUCAGGAUAUUUAGCUGACCUAAACACAAUUACAGAAUUAACAGCGGCGCGGCACGUGGUGGGCGCACGGCUGUAUGCUGGUGGGUCGCGAGUGUCGGCGUGGCUGCGCGCGGGCGUGUCGGAGCGCUGUGCCACGCUGGCGGCACCGCGAGCGCUGGCCAUUGCGCGACAGCGUCCAGCCUGGGUCACACUCGUCGACCUAUAUGACUCCAGCCACCGCGCCCGCGUGUUCUACCAGACCGUGUCGAGCUCGGCGUGCGACGUGUGCCGCGCGUGGCCGUCGUGCGAGCGCGCGUGCGGCGCGGCGGCCGGACAGCUCGCGCCCGCGCCCGCGCCCGCGCCCGCCCCGCGCGCGCCCUCGCCCGCCGCGCGUGCCUCUCUCUCCGCCCUGCCGCUGCUGCUGCUGCUCCCGCUACUGCGGUAGUCGGACGUCACACCAGCAAGGGAUGAAGUCAACCCGCCGCGGGAGUAAAGAAAACGCCCACACGAACGAGAGUCAUCUUCAAUAACCUACACACAAUGUAAAUAAAUAAAAUUGUAAAUCGAAUUGUAAUUGUCACUUUUCUAUUGUGACUAUUCAGGCUGUCUAUGAAUGAACUAAACAAAGUGUUUCUGUGAUCCUAAGUUAUUAAUAUCACGAGUUUGAAGACCAGUUGCAACUUUUCAUAAGAAAAGUUCAAUUAUAAACUAUAAGUCGAUGAAACAAAUAUUUACAUAAAUUAAUUUACUAAUCUCUUUUCUUUUAUCCCCUAAAUAUUACUUGAACCGAAUUUAUCUACCUAUAACUCAAAAAUUCAAGUACUAGUAUAACUAAGGAAAGAAGAGCUACCUCGAAGGCUUAUAACUAAAAAUUAAGGUUGAUUUAUCUUAUUGUCAUUGAUUUUUAUGUAGUAAAUCGAAUUCGUAAAGGCAUAGUUUAAUUAACCUAAAAGCAACUUUCCUACGGGGCUCAUCAUGAAAGAGCGAAGUUUAAUCUGUUUUUAAUCAAGGAAUUUUUCAUGAUAAAUCUACGCUCCAACUUACAUGUUGAAGAAAAUAAAAAAAAAAUUGUACGGCCUCGAUACUAUAAAAGAACCCUAAUUAAACCGUAACAAGAAUCAUAAUACUAAUAAAUAAAUAAAUAAAAUUAUAAUAAUAAUUGAAUAUUUAAAUAAAACAUCACCAAGAUCAAUCACAAAGAAAAACAUUUGUUGAUUUUUUUUUUAUUUACUGAAAAUGCUUUUCCAAGAACGUGCAUUUGAUUACAAACAUUGUGUAUAUUAAGAGUCGUUUGCCUAGUGUUACGUCGUCACAAGAUUAUCGCUGAGGUUAGAACUUUAUUUAAUAAGAUUUAUUUUUCACAUUAUUUCUAACAAUCAUAGUCAAUGUUAAAAUUUUAACUAUCGUCAUUCUGAACUGGUUGUUUUCUUUCAUAUAAGCUUUAAUAAUCGUAAUAGAACUGUUGUUAUAAUUAUAAUGUUCUUUAAAUAAAGUAUUACAUUUUUAAAUAAUAAAAAAAAUAUCGCA